CAUAGUAGGUAUAGUGCCCGCAAUAAAAGAGGUCAUCCUAGAAUAUUUCCUUGAUAUUUAGUUUAAAAUAUAACCGUGCUUGAUAAUUUUCUUAAAUGAUUUCGAAUGACUUGRCUUUGGGAAAAAGUAAGGAAGUCUUUCCUCAAUAGGACUUUGACUUUUGCCGUAGUACCUUGCGUUAGUAGAUCUCCCAUAAGUGAUCAUUUGCAUUCAAAAAACAUAGAAUCUUGUGAAGAAACAGAAGAUCAUUGGGGAGAUCGCCUUAGUCCGUGCCCUUUUUGCGGUCAUGGAGAUAGCCCGAUUUUAACCAGAAAUCAAAGAUCAUGCAGUGAUCCUACAGUAUCUGGAUAUUCAAGGCUACCUCCAAUUGGUAAUUCAAGCCAGUUUCUAACAUAUAGACCAAUCAUCCCUUCUAUAAAUAAUCAAAAUCCAAUCGAUCAGAAUUGUAGAAACAUUAAAAAAAAUAUUCAAAAAGAAUCUAAACCUCAAUAUCCAAUUAGACACGAAACAAGAGAAGAAUUUUUAGCUUUAUUUGUAUUACUUCAAUGUCCUGUUUUUGGAACUCAAUCAAGUGCACCAAUAUUUGCACAUUUAUUGAACUAUACUGCUCAAUUAAGCAAAGAUGAUCACCAACUGUUGGUAAAUUGGUUCAGAAUACUGGAACUUGAUAAAUUAAGGUCAUUAAUAAGAUAUAUUAUGCAAUUUAUAACACUACGACAAUUUUCUCCAAAUGACAAAUCUCUACCACCUUCAGGAAAGACACUUUGGUGGAUACCAUCAGCAAUGAAAAAUUUAGCUUUAAUAAAUGCAGCCAAUAAAUUAGGAACCGAACUAUUACAUUUUACUGAAUUAUAUAACUCUGCUUUGGAUCACAUUGAUUUGAUGCGUGAUUAUUACAAUUGGCAAAGUUUUGGACCAUAUGAAUGUUUUUCUUAUUGCCAAUAUCCGUUUAUUCUGAGCAUUGUUGCAAAAAGGAUCAUACUUACUAAAGAUUCAGAACAGCAAAUGAUUCUAAAUGCUAGAAAAUCAUUGGUAUCUAAGGUUGCAAGAAGGCAGACACCUAAUAUMGAUAUAUUCUUUUUAAACGUAAACAUAAGAAGAUCACAUUUGGUACAGGAUUCAUUAAAUGAGAUUGCUUUCAAACAAAAAGACUUGAAGAAAAAAUUAAAAGUGACAUUCGCUGGUGAACCAGGAUUAGACAUGGGUGGUCUGACAAAGGAAUGGUUUUUACUUCUGAUUCGCGAGAUAUUUCACGCCGAAUACGGAAUGUUCGUGUAUUACUCUCACUCGAGAUGCUAUUGGUUCAGCACCGGACAAACGGAUCACACGAACCUCCGUGAAUACAAUCUCAUUGGUGUAUUAAUGGGUUUGGCAGUGUAUAAUUCCAUUAUACUAGACCUGAGUUUUCCAGGAAUAUGUUACAGGAAACUUUUAUCGCCACCAGUCGUGCCUGCCGUCAACGUCGACAGCAUAGGCAUCGUCGAAAAUCCCACGUUAAACGACUUAAACGAGAUCAUGCCAGAUGUAGCCAGUGGCUUAAAACAUCUACUGGAAUACGAGGGAAAUGUGGAAGAAGAUAUGGGACUUACAUUUCAGGUAUCAUUAGAGGAACACAGGGCACCCAGAACGCACAAACUAAAACCAAACGGUGAAAAUAUACCAGUUACGAAUGAAACUCGUGAAGAGUAUGUGAACCUAUACUUGAAUUGGGUACUGAAUUUAUCAAUUUUCGAACAGUUUCGAGCAUUUUACUUCGGAUUUCACAGCGUAUGCGCCUCCAAUGCUUUAAUUAUGCUGAGACCAGAAGAAGUCGAAUUGUUGGUCUGCGGUACGGACACGUUAGAUUUGCAUGAACUACGCAAAGCCACCGAAUACGAUGGAUAUCGACCGGAUGACAACAUUAUUUGCGCCUUUUGGAAUGUUAUCGGAUCGUUGUCGGACGAGCAAAAGCGUAAAUUCUUACUAUUCGUAACUGGAAGCGACCGCGUGCCUGUUGGUGGUAUGGGAGACAUGAAUUUCAAAAUAACUAGAGGUCCUAACAGAUCUGAUUACUUGCCCGAAGCGCAUACAUGUUUUAAUCAGUUAGUGUUGCCCCAAUAUACCGAUCACGAAGGACUUAGGGAGAAACUAGUGACGGCCAUACUAAACACUGAAGGAUUUGGAAUGGAAUAAUAAUAAUCUCUAUAUAUAGUGAAAACUGUAAUGUGGAAUAGCAUGGGACUAACCAAAAAUUCCAUUUUAAGCAGUUUUCGCUUUAUUGAAUAAAACGGAAAAAUUUCGGAUUAUAAAUUCGUAUCAAUUUUUCAUAUCAUAAAAUUAGUUUAUAACAUUUAUAAUUUUUAUUUUUGUUAGACACUAAUUAUAAACUUAAUUUAAUACUUUACUUUAUAUAACUUAUUUUAUUAAGAUGACGUAUAUAAGUAUGAACUAUGAAGGUUUUGAACUAAAUUUAUCGAUAUGACUUCUUCAUGGAAUACCUCU